UUCAAGGCUCACCGUUGGUCACUGCCUCUCACGUUCUCGUCUUCUCUCUCUCUCACUCUCUCAACUCUACCCUCAAGCCACGAUCUCAUUCAGUUCUCUAAAUUGUCAUCCGCACGCAGCAAGUCACCAUCUGUUGUUUGUUGCCGUUCGUCCACUCAGGAAUAAUGGAGGAAUCGGAGAAGAGAAGGGAAAGAUUGAGAGCAAUGAGAAUGGAAGCUAACGAGGCUGGAGAUUGUAACAAUUUGGGGAAUUCUCCUGUGUCUCGUGGCUUGUCCAAUCCAUUGAUUGAAACCUCCGGCUAUGCGACUACACCAGGGCCUGCCGAGUCGUAUGCGACUCCGAGGUUUGAUUACUACACAAACCCUGGGUCGGCGUUCUCUGCGGACAAGAGGAGGAGCAAGGUCAGCCAUCAGAAUUUACAGCAAGACUCUUACACACCUCCAAGACCAAGGACCCCUGAAGUGAAUUUUCCCCAAGCUUAUCAAGCCCAAAUCAACUAUUCCCCCGAUCAGAGGGUGUACCAUCAAGGACUCUAUAACAGCUCUGGUCCCUAUAGAAGCCCAGUGGGAAUGGCCAGUCCUUCUGGCAUGCCGCAGGAAACUCCUCCUAUUAUAUGGAAUGGAUCCGGUGGUACGCCUGGCUAUUUUUUUCCAUCUAAUCCAUCAGGGGGGGUUAAUUUUCGCAGCCCUGGUUUUGAACAGAGAGGUAGUCCAAGUUUCAACUCUGGGCAAGGCAGAUGGAACUGGGUCAACAGGAGUCCUGGCCCUAGUCCAGGACGAGGUGGCAGCUCCGGUCCUAGUUCAGGAAGAGGAAGGGGUCGAUGGUCGGGCCAUAGCGGGUAUUAUGGUUCAGCACACAGAGGUGGGGGACGAUCAGGCUCGCAUGAUCAUGUCUCAGCAGAGGUUAGACCAGAUGUUUAUUACAACAAGUCGAUGGUGGAAGACCCGUGGAAAUUUUUGGAACCUGUCAUUUGGAAGAGUUUGAAUACACCCAACUCCUCGAAAUCCUGGCUUCCAAAAUCUAUUAGCAUGAAGAAAGCUAGAGUUUCAGAAGCUCCAAAGGUGUCUAGUUCUCAGCCAAGCCUUGCUGAAUACUUGGCUGCCUCGUUUAAUGAUGCUGUUAACGAUGGACCUAGUACGUGAUGUUGCAUUUUUGUGGAGAAGUCAUCCCUCAACUUUUCAACAAUUAUGAAUGUGGCUCAAUGUAUAGCCAAGAAAACGUCUGCGGGGAUUGCUUGAUGCCUUAGACCUCCACGAAAUUCCAUGAACCAUUAUUGGAAGUUAUCAGAUUGUCAUAUAUGACAUGUAUUGAUGCUCAAAAGUUGGAAGUAAAUUACUAGGGGCCUGUGUGCAUUUUCUGGCACAGCUGGUUCACAUAAUGUUUUUGUAAGUUAAAAUGUUUGCUGCCGAUGAAUUUCACUUAGAUUUGUUACUGUUGAAUUUGUUCAGAUUGUAUUUGUUUGCUUCUUGUGGUAUUUGUUUAGCUCUGAGUACCAACUUUGGGGAAGUACACUAUUGGCUACCG